GGCUCAACUGGUAAUAUGGACUAUUUAAUUUUUAUUUUUUUAUUUGUCCCCAUAUAUAAAAGACUUUGUGUUCAUUGAUUGCUCUCUUUCCUUCUUUCUUUCUCUAUUUCCUUUUUGCAAUUCUAUUUCUGUUUCUAUUUCAUUUUUUUUUUCGACUAUAUUUUGUUUUUAAUUGAUAUCGCUAACAAAGAAAAAGAAAACAUUUCUUCUUUUUCUGUUUAUUUAUUUGUGCGUCUUGUUUGAUUAUAGAUGAAUCAUUGUUUUCCACAACAAAAAGAAAACCUUCUCACCUAUCGUUUUGUUCAAUGAUAAUGAUAGUGGCGUUUCGUCAUUAUCGUUUAGAGAUGAUAACCAAAUUAAAGUUCAAUCUCUUAUUGAAGAACAUCGCCUAAGAACAAGAGACAUGCUGGAAUAUAAUGCACAAGUAUGGGAAAAUGAAAGACGAAUGAAUGUUUCAUCAGCUUUGCUAGAUAUUUCUUUAACAGAACCAGUGACACGCAAGGAAUCAUUAUCAUCAUCCACCACAGAAUCACUUCAGCAAACAUCUCCUAUGAAUGACCAAAUUAACGACAUAGAGCGUCAGAUGUAUACGUUUGAUAUCCAUACAAACAAUCAUCCAAUAUCCCCAAAAGAAGAAACCCCUGUUAGCAAAGUGACAGAAGAUCAAAUCACAACGACGUUUAUCACCGAGCCUCAAUAUUACCAUACCUACAGACCCUAUAUUAGUAGAAGAAGACGACGAGAGAACCUACCUAAAGAAGUGACCGAAUACCUAAAGCAGUGGCUUAUUAUGCAUAAAAAACAUCCAUACCCAACUGAACGAGAAAAGCAAGAACUAGCUGAUGAGACUGGACUGAUGGUCAAUCAAAUAAGCAAUUGGUUUAUCAAUGCUCGUCGUCGUAUUCUGCAGCCUUUGCUUGAGUACGAAAGUCAUCAACAACAGAAACAAAGGCGAAAACAACAAAAGCAGCAGCAACACUAUCAUCAUCAGCAGGAGCAGUCGGCAAAUGAUUAUCAUCUCGCUUCUUCUGAAAACGAUAACAGUAAUCCAGUUGUUCAAAAUAAAAAACAGUUAUCAGAAAUUGCCCACAAUGUGUAAAGGUAAGAAGUAAAAGAAAAAGUGUCAUUUUAAUCCAAAAACGUAUCUAGAAUUUCGAUUGUAAAAAAAAAAAAACCAUGUACAUUCUAUCGUUUUUCAACUUGUCUUGCUAUUUAUGCUAUUAUCUUUUAAUUCCCUUUCUAUGCUCGUUUUUAGGCCUAUUAUGAUAUUAAAGAGAAAAAAGUACUCGCUCCAUAUACCUUUUUUUUUAAAAAAAAAUAAUAAACCACCAAUUUAUAUUAUGUAAUCUUUACAAAACAAAACAAAAAAUAUUUAGAGAGAAAAACCAUCUAAAGCAAGUGGUUUACUUUCUAAAUGAGUUUUAUCGUGUGAUUGUAGUAUGCCGAAAAGGAAAGAGAGAGAAA